CAUUGUCAGGGAAGAUUGUCCAAAAUGUUUUGGUAGCACAGUGCUACCAUCGGAACAGGCAGUUCUGCACCCAAUAUCAAAGGGACUGUUUGGCCCCUAAUAAGCGCAACUUGCUUCCUUUCCAAGGAGGGAAGUUAGCAUGGACUGACAUCUCCACCAUGCAAUUGCGUUUCUUUUCAAAAUAUCAGACUGGUUGUUUUAACCGAGGACCUGUUUACUGCAACGCUGCUCCAUCUACUACUGCAGAACUAUCACUUGAAAAAGUUGAUUUCCUUAAACUUCAAAAUGGAAGUGAUAUUCGAGGUGUUGCCAUUGCUGGUGUUGAGGGAGAACCCGUUACUCUCACUGAACCAGUUACCGAAGCAAUAGCAGCUGCCUUUGCUGCAUGGCUAUUGGACAAGAAGAAGCUUGAUGCAUCUAGAGGUCUGAGAGUUUCUAUUGGUCAUGAUUCUCGAAUAUCUGCACAAAAGCUACAGGAUGCAGUUUCUCGAGGAAUAGCUGGGGCUGGCCUGGAUGUCAUUCAAUAUGGAUUGGCGUCCACACCAGCUAUGUUUAAUAGCACAAUCACUGAAGAUCAUGACUUCUUAUGUCCAGUUGAUGGAUCGAUUAUGAUAACAGCAAGUCAUCUUCCUUAUAACAGGAAUGGUUUGAAAUUCUUCACAAAUGCUGGAGGGCUUGGAAAAGCAGAUAUUAAGGACAUCUUGGAGCGGGCUGCAAAUAUAUACAAUAACUUUACAAUCGAAAGUUUGAAAGAUGCAGAAAGAAAAGCUUCUUCAUCUGUAAAGAGAGUUGAUUAUAUGGGUGUUUAUACAUCUGAUCUUGUAGCAGCAGUUCGCAAAGCUGCAGGAAAUAUAGAGAAGCCACUGGAGGGGUUUCAUAUAGUUGUUGAUGCGGGGAAUGGAGCUGGAGGAUUUUUCGCUGCAAAGGUGCUUGAGCCUCUGGGGGCAAUUACUACCGGCAGUCAGUUCUUGGAGCCGGAUGGUUUAUUCCCCAAUCAUAUUCCUAACCCGGAGGACAAGGCAGCAAUGAAAGCUAUCACCCAGUCAGUUUUUGAUAACAAGGCUGAUUUGGGAAUUAUCUUUGAUACGGAUGUUGACAGAUCUGCUGCCGUGGAUUCCAGCGGCCGUGAGCUCAAUCGGAAUCGUCUGAUUGCAUUAAUGUCAGCCAUUGUUCUUGAGGAACAUCCAGGAACAACAAUUGUCACAGACAGUGUUACUUCAGAUGGAUUAACAACAUUUAUUGAAAAGAAACUUGGAGGAAAGCACCACAGGUUCAAAAGAGGCUACAAAAAUGUCAUUGAUGAAGCAAUUCGUCUGAACUCAGUUGGGGAGGAGUCUCACUUGGCUAUUGAAACCAGUGGCCAUGGAGCUCUGAAGGAAAAUCGUUGGCUUGAUGAUGGUGCAUAUCUCAUGGUGAAGCUCUUGAAUAAACUUGCAUCUGCCAGAGCUUCGGGUGUAGGUGGUGGCAGCAAAGUUUUGAUUGAUUUGGUGGACGGUCUAGAGGAACCUGCUGUUGCUGUUGAAUUUAGACUAAAGAUUGAUCAGAGCCAUCCAGAUCUUAAAGGAGGGUCCUUUCGGGAUUAUGGAGAGGCUGUGCUGAAACAUUUGGAGAACGUUACAGAUACAGACCCAAAGCUUCAGAAAGCCCCUGUUAACUAUGAAGGCGUCAGAGCUUCUGGCUAUGGCGGGUGGUUCCUUCUGAGACUCUCCCUACAUGAUCCAGUCCUCCCUCUUAACAUCGAGGCACCAAGCAAUGAUGAUGCUGUCAAACUUGGGCUUGCAGUGCUUGCUGCUGUUAAGGGGUUCCCUGCUUUGGAUGCAUCUGCUUUGGACAAAUUUGUCCGAGCAUCAUGAGGUGGAGUACUGUUUGACUGGCAACGCUGUUGGCUUCACUGUUCAUUUUCUUAUCUUAAAAGAGGGAUUUUAUAUUUGGUAGGGCAAUUUGCUUCCAAUCUGUAACUGGAGCUGCAGAUGGUAACGGUGAUGUUGAAUUAUAUGGCCACACGAUUGGCAUCCCCAACUGUUUGGGGGUAUAGUCAUGAGGAAUAAUGUAUUGCAAUUUUGUUUUGUACUGUGUCAGCCCAUUGACAAACUCAAUGUUGCCAACUUCCGCCUCUGUGCAUGGGCCUCGAUUUUUCUUUCCUUUUUCCCCGCUCCACUCAACCAGAGGUAAAAACUCAACCAGCGCAUGAAAUUAAUUAUUUAAAGCUCA